AGUAAAAAUGGCACACCUGUAAGCAUGAAACUGCUGAGGAUACCUGUUAAUGGAACAGAUACUACAGUUUCCAUGGAACUGCACACUCUCAAACCCACCUCUGGACCAAAUAUGAAAUGUCUAAUUACCUAUAAAAAUAGGGUUGAUGCUGAGCUGCUCUCUGAAAAUCAAGAUGAUUCAAAUGUAUAUUAUUAUGAAGGUGGUGGGACAACAUCGAGUUCAUUUUCAUCUUUGUGUGCAGAUUUUCAGGAGAAUGAUCAUGAGAUUCUAAACUUGGCACCAAGGAAAUCACUUUGCAUUCUACUGGAGAAACAGUGCCAGACAGAAUCAUAACAAAUGGAUCACAAGCUAUUUACACUUCAAAGCACUGAAUUUGAAAAAAUUAUGUAACUCGUUUGAAUAAG